AUGGAAACAAGCUUUAACUACUGGGUCUACAAGACUAAGGCUCUGUCUGGUACCUAUAGCUGUCUUGAUGAUCGCUUAGAGGAUUACUCGGAUGCCAAGGACUCGAUCAUUGAUCUCCUCGAAGUGCUUGCCAUAAGUCUUCAAUAUUUUAACGGAAAGGGUAACUAUGAUGAGACAGAAGAACACGCCACGUGGGCAAUCGAUUUUUCCGUCAGAGAGUUACACUUCAUGUGGGAUAGAAUCGACCAGCACUUUAAUCGCCCCGACAAGUAUACACUCUCAAUCCGUCCCAAUACUGACGACGAUUAUUAUAAGCAGUAUGCCUCCACCCUCGUGAGGAACUUAUUCCCGAACGCUAGACAAUAUCUGCGCGAUCAGCUUGCUACAUCUCUUGUAAUACGCCGCAUACGUUUUAUUCAGACGGCACGGCGCUUCAAGAAAAAGUACCUCGGUCAUAAUCCAUUUCAGGCCCUCCUGGAAAACGAUGAAUAUUCAGCCCAUCUAUACUCGAUGGCGUAUCCCGAAAUGCCCAAAAUUUUUAAACGUCACGAUUUCUGCGUGUGCCCAUACUGCUCUGAACUGCUCGGCACUGGUAUACUAAAAGGAGAUAAAAUGUACUGGAAGAACCAUAUAGAUGGAGAUACAAAGCCUUAUGUCUGUCUCUCAGAGUGUUGCACGUAUCCCUUGGUUUUUUUCUCCAACAUGAAGGAGUGGAUAGACCACAUGGAGAACAGUCAUUCACCUCAGUGGAACAGAAAAGUUCACACGCACACCUGGGAUUGUGACACCGGUCACGACACUGUACUUCAGUUUACCGAACGUGAGAGUUUCCGGAAACACAUGAUGGACCCGGCCAGCCACCCCGGUCGAAAGCCUCCGACUGAGGAUGAACUCGAGAUGCUUUUUCUGGGAUGGCAGAAAUGGCCUGCCCGGGAGGAUGAGUUCUGUUGCCCCAUCUGCGAAUGUGUUCCAGACUUUCUAAAGCCUUUGAUCUCGAAGAAUGACCCCAACACCAAGAAAGGCUUGUACGAGCACAUUGCGUGGCACCUGAAGGAUCUCGCUUUCAAGUUUAUUCCGAGAUUCGAUUGCCCAGAGCUAAAAACAGAACCCUCUGAGACUGAUGAUGAAGAGAAAGACCAUCUGAGGGCCGAAGGUUCUGACGCUUCAUAUCCAAGUGGGUUUGAUGAGAGUCUACGCGAAGCACCCCUGACCUUCGAUGAGAAUCCAAUUAGAGAGGAGCAUUGUGAUGUUAGGGAAACCGCUGACACGUAUUUUGACGAUAUCGGUUUCAAUGACUUUCAGAGACUUGGGAAUGCUCAGGUUCGGCAUUUACCAGGCGCCAUUCUUGAGCCCUCCUCCCAGACCCAGCAGAGCAAACUGCGACCUAAAAGCAACGACGAUUUUGCAGUCGCAAUUCUCUGCGAGUCUUAUAUAGUGUUUGAGGCUGUGUAUACAUUCUUUGACGAAAUAUACGAUGACCCCGGCAAGGUUUCUGAUGAAGAACAGGGAGAUCUCGACUCACUUUUGAAGGGAAGAAUCGGUAACAAUAAUGUUCUCCUAUACUACCAAGGUGAAGAUGACACUGCAGAGCAAUUUAUCUCAGACUCACUGCCCGACUACCCUGAAAUACAACUUGUCCUGAUCGUGGGUACCUGCGGAGGGGCUCCAUAUCCACCAGGAGAUAACGAAAUAUUUCUAGGUGAUGUUAUCGUCAGUAACAAUAUGAUUAGAUAUCAUCAUGACUAUAAUCCUAGCAGACGGCCCUUCGAAAAUUUCCCGAAAAGCUCAAUUCCAGAAGUUCGAACCCUUCUUAACAGCCUGAAUGAGACUGAGGACCUUGAACUAUUUAAUGGCCAGAUAUCGCGGUACCGUUACCAACUCCAGCAAUCAGAGAUAAAGUGGCGACACCCAGGCUUGGAAGACGAACUCUUCGGUAAUGAUAGGAAGCAAAUUAUUCGUCGUCGAGACAGCUCAGAAAAAGCCCGAGUAACUGCGCACAUUGGGAAAGUUAUGCCCAUCGAGAUAACCAGCAAGUCUGCAGAAUACCGUGACAAACUUACUCAAGAAUAUGGCGUGAUUGGUUUCAUUAAUAAAUCAGAGAAAACAUGUCACCCUCAAGGUCGUCUACGCCACUGGAUGCUUCCUUCACGAAACACACGAUUUGUGGGCCGGAGUGAUGAGCUCAAAAACCUUGAAGAAUGGGUCAUGCAACGGAAUGGACCUUGUAGGGCCAUUCUGGAUGGGCCAGAUGGAAUCGGAAAGACUCAGAUUGCCCUUGAAUUGGCACAUCGCAUCCGAGACAAACAUCCUGAGUUCUCGAUAUUCUGGAUUUCAUGUACUACCUCCGAUUAUAUUCAGCGGUCCUACAGACAGAUCGCAAGGUCAAUUGAGAUCAAAAGGUUGCAUCCUGGAUUAGGAAUUGAGCAAGUUCAAAUCCAGUUCCACCAAAGAGCUUACGGGAAGUGGCUUUUUAUUCUCGAUGGUUGUGAUGAUAUAGAGGUGUUUAAUACCGCAAUGUUUUCUGCGCAGUUGCAGUUCGAACCCAGCACCGAAUUUCAGAGACAUCUCGAGCCAUUCCCUCCGUUUCAUGGGCUGCGGGGUCGUUGUCUUGUUACCUCACGCAAUCAAAAACUAUCUAUACCACUGCAGUCAUUUCACAAGGUGACAGUCUUAAAACCAGAUCCAGAGACUGGGAUAAAAAUACUCGAGACAUUACUUAGAAAAAAACGCCUGCCUAUUGACAGAGGUGCUGCCAUUACACUUCUUGGCGAAAUUGACGUUCUUCCGUCGGCAAUCACCCAGGCAGCCGCUUAUAUGAAUAGACACGGCUGUGGAAUUUCGGAUUAUAUCAAGGUUCUCGCCAGCAGAGGAGCGAGAAGGAGGGUGGAACUUCCCAGCAACUAG